GGGGCGCCGCGCCCCCUGGUGGCCGCCGCGGGGAUCGCAGGCAGGAAGGGGGCCUGGGGCCACCUGCCCGCGGACCCUCUUCACUAACCACGACACUGAGGCCGGAGAGGGGCCUUGCAGCAUGAAUUGCGAGAUCUGGUGACAGAAGCCUGGAAAGAAACCAUUUGGGCACUGAGCUUGCAGGAGGCCCCAGAAGAACCCUGGGAUGGACGGAGACGCAGUGCGGCCCCCCGCCGAGCCACCCACGAGGAAGAAAUUCUUCAUACCACUGGGCGAGGAUGAGGCCCCUCCUGUAGGGGUCAAGCCCUUAUUCAAAUCCACCCGGAGCCUGCCCACUGUGGAGACCUCGGUUCAGGCAGCCCCUCAGACCUAUGCAGAGUAUGCCAUCUCGGGACCUCCAGGACUGGCUGGAGCUCCACACCCCACCGGGCCAGAACCCCUGACAGGAGAGACCCCCAAUCAGGCCUCCAAACCAGGGGCAAAAUCCAACAGCAUCAUUGUGAGCCCCCGCCAGAGGGGCAACCCUGUGCUGAAGUUUGUGCGGAACGUGCCCUGGGAAUUUGGUGACGUGCUUCCCGACUAUGUGCUGGGCCAGAGCACCUGUGCCCUGUUCCUCAGCCUCCGCUACCACAAUCUCCACCCGGACUACAUCCACAAGCGGCUGCAGAGCCUGGGGAAGAGUUUUGCGCUGCGGGUCCUGCUGGUCCAGGUGGACGUGAAAGAUCCUCAGCAACCCCUCAAGGAGCUGGCUAAGAUGUGCAUCCUGGCCGACUGCACCCUGGUCCUUGCCUGGAGCCCCGAGGAGGCCGGGCGGUACCUGGAGACUUACAAAGCCUAUGAGCAGAAGCCGGCCGACCUCCUGAUGGAGAAGCUGGAGCAGGACUUCGUCUCCCGGGUGACUGAAUGCCUGACCACUGUGAAGUCAGUCAAUAAAACAGACAGCCAGACCCUCCUGACAACUUUUGGGUCUCUGGAACAGCUCAUGGCUGCAUCGAGGGAAGAUCUGGCUUUGUGUCCAGGCCUGGGGCCCCAGAAGGUAAGAGCUAUGGGGAUGGGCCUGCUGGGUUGGGGACAGGAGGGAGCUCCAAAUAAAUGGGACCUCGGAUCCCAAAACUCUGAGGUUUUGGAAGGCCCACAGUGCUUCUCCUACAGAUGGGGAAGACUGAGGCCCAGAGAAGGUGGGGACCAGCCCAAACUCACACAGCCAGUCUGGGAUGGAAUCAAGAUCUGGCUCUUUCUCUCCUAGCCCCCAGAGCCCCCUCUGAGCUGAGAGAGAAAGAACCCAAGUCCACCCCAGAUGUAGAAAACAAAUGGCUCAUUUAAUGACUGGUUCCAUUUCUCUCUUGCUCUC